UCACGCUGGUUAUAUAUGCCGGUGUCUCGCGCUCUCCGGUGUGUUACAGAGCUGAUCAGAAUGAGAAGUGCGAGACUCCUGGGAAGGCGCGCUUUGAGCGCGUUCAACCCACAAGUGCAUUUUGAGGUGGCGAUAAUCGGUGCGCCUUUCAACAAGGGACAGCCCAGAGACGGAGUGGAGAUGGGACCGGGUGUGAUCCGGCAAGCGGGAGUGGUGGACAAACUCAAGGCUCUAGGCCGUUCAGUGACUGAUUGUGGGGAUUUGAAUUUUCCGCUGGUGCCCAAGGACCCUAUAGUGAGCGGGGCGAAGAACCCCUUGGCAGUGGGUAGAGCCAAUUAUAUCCUGUCAAAGAAAGUGUCAAUGGUAAAGAAGAUGGGGUCCACCAGUGUGAUGCUGGGCGGAGACCACAGUUUGGCAAUCGGAUCCAUUGCUGGGCACACAAAAGCAGUGGGCGAAGUGGCCGUGGUGUGGGUCGACGCUCACUCUGACAUUAACACGCCGCUGACAUCAACCACUGGAAACAUGCACGGCCAACCCAUCUCCUUCCUGAUCCAUGAGCUGCAUGCUAAGGUUCCAGCUCUGCCAGGCUUUGAGUGGCUCAAACCGUGUCUUUUGUCCAAAAAUCUGGUCUACAUCGGUCUGAGAGAUGUGGAUCCUGGAGAGCACUACAUGCUGAAGUGGCUGGGUGUGAAGGCAUACUCCAUGACCGAGAUAGAUCAGCUCGGCAUUGCCAAAGUGAUGGAAGAGACGUGCGACUACGUCUGUGAUAAACUAAAGAAACCAAUUCACAUGAGCUAUGACAUUGAUGCCAUUGACCCCACUGUUACCCCGGCAACCGGAACACCUGUGGUUGGAGGUUUGACCUACAGGGACGGGAUCUACAUCACCGAAGUCAUUCACCAAACUGGUCAGCUCUCUGCACUGGACGUGGUGGAGGUGAACCCUAAGAGGGCCCAGAACGAUGACGGCCUCAAGUCCACUGUUAACACAGCCGUCGACGUGGUGCUCGGCUGUUUUGGACGUCAACGUGAAGGAAACCACCCGCCUGACUAUGUGAUACCCGAGCCAACAGAGCCGCUCUCAGGUUCUACUUGUUGAUGCAAAACCGCUUAGUUAGCCUAACUACAAAUCAGAUUUUAAUCUUCUGCUCAUUAGCACAAAUAUUUUAAGUUGCGAUGGGGGAUUGAGUCUCAUUACAUAGAAUUCCUGUUAUGCUACUUUUUUUAUGCAUCCAGACUGUGAAGAGAUGGCAUCUGGGAGGGGUUCAGCAUUUGGUUGUGAAAAAGUGAAGCCAAAAGUUAAUGAGGGGGCGGAGCCAGAAAGGUGAUGGAAUGCAGCUGGGUUAGUGUUUCAGGCUUAAAUGUAACUGUGAUGUUGACUACCAGCAGACACAUUAGUGAUCUGUUUUUAAGCCGUCAAAGUAUCUGUAUCGGCGGGGUUGAACAACCUCAUUCCAGUCAGCCACUAAAGCGUCAGCAGUGUUUUGGCUCCACUUCUUUACCUUUCUGUGCAGUAAACUGACUCAAUGUGAAGCAACAUUAUCACUUGGUCUUCCUGUGUUCACCGAGUCAGUUUAUCUGUUUUUACAAAUGCAGACUUUCAGCCAAUAAUCAGGAAAAAAAGUUUAAUGCAAAAUAACUAAGCAAAAAUAAUAAUAAAUGCAACAUAUCACCAAGCAAAAAGCUAUUGUGCCUUUCAGAGUGAAUGAGAGUUUUUGUUUUGUACAAACUGUCCGUGAUCUGACGUCACCCAGCGUGGGUUUGAUGACCUAAUGUGCACUGAUCUCCAACUGCAGAUUUACUUUUUUUUUUCUAAAGUACCUUCAUGUAGAAUUUAAAACCAUUCCAAGUGCUUGAAAUGUUAUCUCCAGCAUGCUGCGUUUAGGUGCUCUUCACGCAAGUUUACGCACUGACUCCUCCUUUUCUCCCAGUGGUCUGGAUUCUGAGUUGGAUGAAUCCAAGUGUUGAAUGAGGUUUGAGCUCGAGUGAGUGGUGCUUUAGUUUCUAAUAUUCACAUCAGCCUGCUAUUGUACUGAAUAACAGUUAUUUCUGAUGAUUCCUGCAUUUGAAUGCAGCAGCACUAAAACAUACAGCUUUAAAAAAUAAAAUAGAUUUUUAAUGUUCAGUA